AUGCGAGGAUGCGGCACUAAGGACAGCGCUGUGGGUGCUAAUGAAGAACUAACUGCGAACGUAAUCAAUGCAAGUACAUCCGAUAGCCAACGGCCGACGACAUCGUACACUUAUCGUCACAGGCGCCAUCCAAAUUUGUUCUUCACUAAUGGAAUUUGGUGGCUCGUAGUUCUGGGCUUGGGCGGAACUGCGCUGGCCUUCAUCGUCCUUCUUUCUAACCCUGUGUAUGACAUCUGCAGUGGCGGUGACAUGGAAAAAAGGUUUCCCCCGCCACGAGGUCCUGCUUUCAUGAACGCGUUUCGGGUCCGCGGGCCGAUUCACGGCGAAGAUACGUGCUUGGGAAGACAUUUCUUCAAAAUACUAGUUGUCGCUAUUGUCGUUAUCGGUGUACUAUCUAUAGCCGCCAUCAUUGUGGUCGCUGUACGGUCCUACGAUUGA